AUGUGCGACCGCUCGCAGUGGAAACGCGUCGAAGUCGUCGUCCCCGCCGGUCCAUUGGGUCUGAUCGUCAGCAAGAACGCGACAGGUGAGGGCCACGUCAUUGUAGACGGCUUCCGCCCCGUCGGGAGCUCUGCCGAGAUCGGAGCUCUCGAGAAACAGGGCGAGAUCGGACCCCAUUCGCUGCUCUUGGGCGUCAACGACUACGACUUUACCGACGCAGAGGCCUCGUGGAGCUUUGAAAAGGUCCGAGAGAUUCUCGUGAGUACGAGUGGUGCAGAGCGCGUCGUGCGCUUUCUGGUGCCGCCGCCGCCGCCUGCCGUGCAAUUUGGAGCGGCGACGAAUCACGAGGACGGGAAGCGCUUUGCGGACGUGUACACGCUGGGGAAGGAGCUGGGCGCCGGCACGUUUUCCGUGGUCCGCGAAGCGACGCACAAGGCCACGGGCGAGCGCUUUGCGAUCAAGUGCAUCAAGCGCACGCAGCUAUCGGCCGACGAUCUGCAAGCGCUGGUGGCAGAAGUGAAGAUCCUGAGGGAGAUGCAGCACCCGCACAUUGUCAAGUUGUACGACGUGUUUCAGGAGGAGAAGUACUUUUUCUUGGUGACCGAGUUCAUGCCGGGCGGGGAGCUCUUUGAGCGCAUUGUCAAGAAGAACUUCUACUCGGAGCGAGAAGCGCGCGAUCUCGUGAAGGUGCUGCUGCAGACCAUUGCUUUCUGUCACGAUGCGGACGUGGUGCAUCGAGAUUUGAAGCCGGAGAACCUGCUGCUGAGCAGUGCCGACGACGAUGCAGACAUCAAGUUGGCAGAUUUUGGCUUUGCGAAGAAGGCGGUGAUGCAGAACAAAGAAGUGGGGAUGUCGACAGCCUGUGGCACACCUGGAUACGUCGCCCCUGAGAUUCUGAUGUCCAAGCCAUACGGCAAGGAAGUGGACAUUUGGAGCAUUGGAGUCAUCACGUACAUUCUGCUCUGUGGCUACCCACCAUUCCACCACGACAAUCGAAAUGCGCUGUUUCGACUCAUCAAAGCUGGACAUUUCGAGUUUGACUCGCCAUACUGGGACGACGUGUCGACGGAGGCCAAAGAUCUCAUCAGCAAGAUGCUGAUUAUGACACCCACGGAGCGUUGGACGGCGCGUCAGUUGCUGGAGCAUCCUUGGAUUGCGGCUGAUGCCGUCAAGGACGUGCAGCUCACGACGGCGCUGCAGGAGUUGCGUAAAUUCAACGCGCGCAGUAAAUUCCGCGCUGCGAUUAGCACUGUCAAGGCCACGAUUUCUCUGACAAAGGCAUUGACGAUCUGCGACAGCCCGCACAGUAGCAAGGCCGAUGACGAGGAGGACGACAGCGAGAUUCCGGUACUCGCUGACGAUACUGCAGCUGCUGUGCCGGCACCCGACUCUCCCGAAUAG